UACGUUCCUGAAGUUCUCCGUUGCCUUCACGUUAGAUCAUAUCUUGUGUUUUUUGAAAUGGUGCAGACAGGUGUUGGCUCUAAUGUUGCUUCCGCAUCAAAAUCAGAUGCUGAGGAGAUACCAUCCGUAAUCGGACAGGCUCAACAGUGCGAUACAGAUAGACUUAAGGCAACAGAAAUUGUGAUGGGAUGGCCUAUUGUGUAUUUUACGCUAAAUACAAUUCAAAAAUUUUAUGAAACAUUGAGAUUGUCAAGCGGGAUAAUUACGUGGAGCUGUGAUGUCACUGAAAAACUGGUGACAGCUUUAUAUGAGCGAUCUGCACCUGUUCGGGCUACAAUGUGUCCUGCAGUACGAAUCAUUGAUCUGGUGACGACCGAUGUUGCAGAAACAGUGCAGAAAAAAUUACCAGUAGUCCGACAAUCACCUUCAAAGGUAUACGAGGCUAUGAAGUCGGGGUUCUACAAACCUAUUGCCCAUGUGUCGGAUGGAAUUGAAUUCCUGGUACAUAGAGGGGAGAGGCGGUUUCGGAAGGUUGCCGUACUAGUAGCAGAGGUUCUCCAUAAAUCAGUUGUCACUCUUGACAAAUGGAUGGAAAAAGUGGAAGAAUACGUAGAGAAUGCUCGCUCAGAAAGAUUGAAAGAACCCCAAGUACCCGGCGAUAAGUCUCAGACGGAUCGCUUAGAAACUACAUCGUGGGCUCCGGUGAAGGCGGCGUUUAACUGGGCCACAACUGUCGCAAUGUUCUGCGUGGGAGCCGCCGUUUGCAUCGCAUCUCGGGUGCCUCUGGUUGGUCGGUGUCUCAACCUGUCUCCGUCUCCUGCGCCCUCCACAUCGGCAUCGCCAACUUCGGAGAAAGAUUUGAAAUCGUCGAGCUCGUCAUACGAAUCUAUUCCGGAAUCUACAGCAGCCGGAACCACAGCGAAGAUGCGACGUAGCCAGUUGAAUUUAGAGAAUCAAGGUCAAUGACUGUCUCCUAAAUAGCGCAGUAGUACAAUUUGUCUUAAUUGGUAAGUUGGUCAAAUUUCAAAACACCGAUCUCUGUCUCAGAACGCAAAUACUUUCACGAGAAAGAAUACUUUCACCCGUUAUGCUGUAUAGAAAAAACUUCACGUUGUUUAAAAAAGCUGUAAACGUGGUGCAGUAGUUAAAAAUACAUUUUAAAUACAAAUUAA